AUGGGUUGCUGUGUCAGCAGUAACAACAAACCUUCAACAAGAAAAGGCCAUGCAGAUGCAGCACCGGUGGUUGCUGAGCCACCAAAACCUGAACCAGAGGAAGAAACUGUUAAGCAAGUCCUCUCAUCAGAAACCCCCACAUGUAACAACAACAACCACACAACAGAACCACAAAACAAGGAAUAUGAGAUCAACAAGGCAUCACCAUUACUCGUUAAGAAAGAAGCACAUCAAGAAGAAGAAGAAGAAAACUCGCAGGGGAAGGUCUCACAACAAGUUUGCAGCUUGAUGAGUCAGAGUGACACCAUCUCCAUGUCCACAACCACAACCAUAUCCGAACUCAUCAGAGAAGAACAAACACGCAAAAGGGUCAUCAGAUCUCCCAACAAACUCCAAAAAAAUCGUUCCUUUUCCCGCGCUGACGUCGCUGCCAAGACAAGAGACACGAAGCUUCAUGCCUCCAACAACAAUAACGCUUCUGCCAGGCUGCAUGUUCAGUGCAGGGACCAAGCGCCCAGGAACCAGCCUCGCCGGCGUGACCUCGGCGAAACCUCUUUCCGCCGGUCAAGGUCGCUGGCGAUGAGUGUCGCAUACGACAGUGCAGCAAAGCCCGUGAUGGGUCGGUGCCCGUCUGCGAGAAGAACAAAUAGGACACCUUUGACGGCUGCCGGAACCGUCACGUCGGAGAAGAACAGUUGCCGGAAAACGGAGGUUCCGGCGAGGGAGAGAAAAGGAGUAGGUUGUGCUAAUGAGACACUGGAGAAUCCACUUGUGUCGUUGGAAUGCUUCAUAUUCUUAUAA